AUGAGCGGCGCUCCGCCACCUUCUUCCGGCUUCCAGCCCCGCAGCAUGGGCUUACCCCCUCUCUCUCAAGGUCCGCGCUCGUCCAUGAUGUCGGUCGAGUACGAUGGCAUCCCGUUGCCGCCCCCCAGCAUCCGUUCGUGCGGAUCACAGCAAUAUGUCACCAGUUACAUCCCCACGGGGGCAGCGUUCCCCUCCGGUAGCGUACAGGACUUGAUCUCGAGCAUGAAAUCCUACGCCAGUGCCACGGAUCUGGUGCGCACAUACAGCGAAAUUCCAUCCGUCGAGGAAGCUCUGGUUACUCUUGACCGCGCAGCAGUUGCUCUCGGUGCAAGACGGUACCGAGAUGCACUCAAACUCUACCUCGAAGGUGGAUAUGCCAUGGCCAAUGUGGCCGAACGCCAAGCCAACCCCAAGAUCUGCAACUUGCUCACGAGCAAAGGCUUCGAGACACUCAACUGGUGUGCCAGACUUUGUGAUUGGAUUGAGGGACGCAUCAAGGAGAAACAUCCGCGACCAGGAGUACACAAGGUCGGAAUCCCAGUCAGUAACUGGGAUGAGGACUGGGUCGGGCCCUACUUGGACGAGGAAGAAGCUCGACGCAUGUGGUACACGCCAGUGUAUUGCCCACACCCGAUCGACUUUUCCAACCUAGGAUAUCGACUGCGUUGCGUUGAGACUGGCAGACGUCCGCGACUCAUGAUCUGCAUCACAAUGUACAACGAAGGACCACAGCAACUCAAGGCGACACUCAAGAAACUCGCCAAUAACUUGGCAUAUCUCAAAGAACAGAAGAAAGACCACGAGAAGACUCUGUCCAGAGAUUUCGCAGGCGAAGACGUGUGGCAGAAUGUGCUGCUCUGCAUCGUGGCAGACGGUCGCGAACAGAUUAACGAUAAGAUGCUGGAUUACCUGGAAGCUAUCGGACUGUACGACGAAGACCUCUUGACGAUCAACAGUGCCGGUAUUGGCGCCCAGUGCCACAUGUUCGAGCACACUCUGCAACUCAAUGUGAAUGGCAAGAGUCUGUUGCCAAUUCAGACGGUAUUCGCUCUAAAGGAGACCAAAUCCAGCAAACUGGACUCGCACCACUGGUACUUCAAUGCGUUCGCGGAACAGAUCCAGCCGGAGUACACCGCAGUGAUGGAUGUUGGUACAAUGCUCACCAAGUCGGCUCUGUAUCAUUUGCUGUUUGCAUUCGAACGCAACCACCAGAUUGGAGGAGCGUGUGGUCAGCUGACAGUGGAGAAACCAUUCGAGAACUUGAGCAACUGGGUCAUCUCAGCGCAGCACUUCGAGUACAAGAUCUCCAACAUCCUCGACAAGUCGUUGGAGAGCUGUUUUGGCUUUAUCAGUGUGCUUCCUGGUGCUUUCUCGGCCUAUCGAUACGAAGCCAUUCGAGGAGCUCCGUUAGACGCAUACUUCCAGACUUUAAACGUCGAUCUGGACGUGCUGGGACCUUUCAUUGGCAAUAUGUAUCUCGCAGAAGACAGGAUCUUGUCGUUCGAAGUUGUGGCUCGAAAGGACUGCAAGUGGACGAUGCAUUACGUCAAGGAUGCUGUAGCUCGCACAGAUGUACCACACGACCUAGUGGGACUCAUUUCACAGCGCAAACGGUGGCUCAACGGCGCGUUCUUUGCCACUCUUUUCAGCAUUUGGAACUGGGGCCGCAUCUACUCGGAAAGCAACCACUCGUUCACACGGAAGACGGCGUUUCUCGUCUUCUAUCUGUAUCAUUUGCUGUACACGGCAUUCACCUUCUUCCUGCCUGCAAAUUUGUACCUCGCGCUCUUCUUCAUCGUCUUUCAAGGGUUCCAGCAAAACCGUCUCGAGUUCGUGGACACGUCCGAGUACUCGCAAACUGUACUGGAUUGUGCAGUUUACAUCUACAACUUUGUGUAUCUGUUUGGGCUUCUGAUGCUGAUCAUUAUUGGUCUUGGCAACAACCCCAAGCACAUGAAGCUCACGUACUACUUUGUUGGUGCCGUGUUCGGAGUCAUGAUGAUGCUGUCGUCUUUGGUUGGUCUCGGCAUUUUCUUCUCAACGCCAGCUACAGUUCACUCCAUCGUGGUCUCAAUCCUUACGGUUGGCGUAUACUUCAUUGGCUCAGCGCUGCAUGGCGAGCUCCACCACAUUUUCAUGACUUUUACGCACUACACGGCGUUAAUCCCGAGCUUCGUGAACAUUUUCACGAUCUACUCGUUCUGCAACCUUCAGGACUUAUCGUGGGGCACUAAGGGCUUGCACGAUGAUCCAUUGCUGGCUGCUUCACUGGAUGAUACGGAGAAGGGAGACUUUAAGGACGUGAUCGCUAAGCGUCGUGCAAUGGAGGAGCGUCGUCGUGAAGAGAAUGAGCGUGUGGAGAACAGGAAGAAGAAUUUCGAGGCCUUCCGCUCCAACAUUCUGCUCACCUGGACAUUCUCCAACCUCAUCUUCGCUCUCUUCAUCGUGUACUUUGCCGAUUCGUCGACGUACAUGCCCAUUCUGUACAUCUUCGUGGCCAGUAUCAACUCGUGUCGACUACUGGGAUGCAUUGGCCACUGGAUCUACAUCCACACGGCUGGACUGCGCGAGAGUUUCCUCGAUAAGUCGGAAUGUGGCAACGGUACCGGUCGCUACCCGCAGAACUCGUACGUGCAGCUUGACGAGCACUACGCCGCUCUCGCAGAGGACCAGCGCACUUACGCGUCCGGACGCACCAAUGCCUCAGUGCGUACCAUCAACGAAGUCUCCUCGGUCGUUUAA